GCCAUUUAAUCAUCUGGAGUUGAGGCGGCCGCGAUGGACGGGUCGGGCAGUUCCUUGCACUUAUUGCCGAACACAUUCCUGGUUCUGUGGUUGUGUACGUUGUCUGCGACCACCGAGAUCAGCUUUGUGACUUGCGGCUCGGUAAUUAAACUGUUAAAUGUGAAACAUAAUGUCAGACUGCACUCUCACGAUGUGCGGUACGGUUCAGGCAGCGGACAGCAGUCUGUAACAGGAGUGACUACGGUGGAGGACAGCAACAGUUACUGGAGUGUGCGAGGCACAAGCAGUCUUACUUGCCAGCGUGGAACUCCGGUGCGAUGUGGACAGACCAUCCGUCUCACACAUGUCAACACCGGCCGGAAUCUGCACAGCCACUACUUUGCAUCACCUCUCUCUGCGAAUCAGGAAGUGAGUGCAUUUGGGGAGAACGGUGAGGGAGACUCCUUGGACGAGUGGAUGGUGCUGUGCGGAGGCACAGUGUGGCAGCGUGACGAAUCUGUACGUUUCCGUCACGCUGCCACAGAGGCCCUGCUGUCUGUCACAGGUGAGCAGUAUGGCAGACCCAUCCAUGGACAGCGAGAAGUGCAUGCCAUGGCAGUAGCCAGUCAGCACAGCUACUGGAGGACCAUGGAGGGAAUCUUCAUGAAGCCCAGUGAGAUGGCAGGAGCCAGAGACAACAGAGGGCCCAGCCAUACAGAGUUUUAGCUCCAAGAGCUCUCUACCCCUUUUCUCAGGGUGGAUGGAAGGAGACAGGUUCAGUGGUUGAAAUGUCACAUGUUUGGGGAUUAUCUGAAGAGUGCAUUUGUGAAAACAAGCUAAAUUCAGCCCUGGCAGUGCUUAACCUGCUGGUUUACACUGUGCCAGUUGCCUGUUUUGAGUUCUUUAAAAACAGAGAGGGCUCAUCUUACCCACUGCUGCAUAGGGUUUAGUAUUUGUAUUACUCUGCUGCAGUUGAUUUAGAUGAAUCGCCAAUUCUAGUGCUGUGAGAAAGUGCUGGACACGGUGGCCACCAUGAAUUUUUGGCUAGCUUUAUCAUAUACCACAGAUUUUGAGUUUUGGACUCACUCAGUGUCUGCAGACCUAGAGAAACAGUUGGUUCUGGUUGGGCAGCCCAUUUCCACAUUUUUAUUCAGAUGUCUGUUUCGGAGAAAGCUAUACUACCAUGCGUCUCACUCCUUUCCCGCUUCUAUUCCUUUGCCGGGAAUAUAAAA